UUUUUAUUUCAGACGUGGCUUUUUAAUUUUUUUAUUUUCACAUGUGAAUCUCCAACAUGGCAUAAAUUAGAAAUUAGGGUUCCCUUCCCAAAUCCAUCCCCCUCUCUCUUCGUGAAAUCUCAAAUCCCUACCCCAAAUCCAUCCCUCUCUUCAUCCUCGUCCGUGUCCCCUUCAUCUGGGUUAUGGGUGGCAGCAAGGCAUCUUCCACGAGUGAAGUUGGAAACGGCUUACCAAGAUGUGGAUGCAAUGAAACCAUGAAGUUGUUCGUCUCCAAGUCAAUUGAAAACCCCGGUCGCAAAUUUUGGAAAUGCAGGAAUUAUAUGAAUGGGUGCGGUUUAUUUUUGUGGGAUGAUUUGGUCAGUGAGUUUGCAGUGAAAGAAACCAAUCCGUCCGGAUGCCGCCAAUGUGAAGUCAACAAGGCUUAUUUGAUUGAAUUUGCUAAAGAGAUUGUUGAGGAGAUAGAUUGCAGAGUCGGAAAGCUUAACAAGUUAGAAAAACUGAAGAAAAAGAUUGCAAUGGAAAAGAGGAAAAAUUUAUGGUUAAUGUUUGUAAUUGGUCUGUCAUGGAUGUUGAUAGCAGCUAUGGUUAAGUUAGUCUAAUGAGUCUGUCAUGUAAUUGUUAUGUCAUUAGUGUUUUUCAGCAAUGCAAUGAGUCUGUCAUUGUUGUAAGAUUAGUGCACAGAUAUCUGAGUGAGUAUUGUUGUAGAUAAGUAGCUCCAGUGAAGUAUAAUGUUCUGUCAAGGGAAAACAAGUUGUUCUGUUCUGCUUCUAAGUACAUGUUUGGAUUAACUGUGAUCUAAUCUAGGUGCAAAAUCACAGUGCAAUUGAAAUUUCUGCAAAUGCUGUAGGAGGACUAUUUUAGUUAGAUUUUGAAACAUGGAAAUAAUGGUUGUUGUUAAAGCAAAUAUGUAGUAGAAAUGAAUGUCAUUACUUGUUUAUGUAGAAUUACUCGUUAUCAGAAUAUAUAAAACUAUCUAUUU